AUGCAAAAAUUAAGAACACGAAAACCAAAGAAAAGGGUUAAUAAAAUUUCUACCGUUCCAAAAUACAAUAAAGAUAAUAAAUUAAAAACUGGUAACAAAAGAAUCCGAUGGUCAAGCAGAAUCCAGCAAGUCUCAAAUGACUCUGUAAAUCCGCCAUUUCUCCCGGAUGAUGUCAUCAAUAUUAUUUUUGAAUAUUUACCAUUCAGUUCUAGAUUUAACUGUUUGGUCAAUAGGAGUUGGUGUCGCCUUAUGAUCCCUAUUCUUUGGAGAUCACCUUUUAAAUGGAUUUCCAAACGUGGUUUGAAUGAUAGCAAAACCAGAUAUAUUUAUCUAAUUAGAACUUACCUGUCAUGUCUAGAUCCUGUCACUAAAGCCAAUUUGCGACAAGCUGGUAUCAAAUUACCAAGAAAUCCUAAACAACCUUUGUUUAGAUAUUACCAAUACCUAAAGAAGUUUAAUUUUAGAGAUAUUCAAACAUGUAUUAAAAUAUGGUAUGAUAACACACAAAUUAUUGAUCCAGAUUUGAAAGAUUACUGGUCACGAUUUAGAAAUAAAGAUAUGAGGUCAACAGAAAUUUUUUAUAUUGGUAAUAAGAUAAUGUAUUUGAUGACGGAAAUCACACGACUCUUAUUCAAUUCUACAUGCUUGAAAGAAUUUGCUUUUGGAGGAAAUCCUAAAUUCAAACUGUCUUUCGAAAGCUUUCCGGAAUAUAGACUUGUUGCAGAGAACGUGACUUCUUUAUCAUUGGACCCGAUUUUCACAGAAUUCUAUGAUAACUGGGAAGCACUUUUGAAUCCUUUCACCAAUAUUAAAAAGUUACAUGUACCAUUUUAUCAUCUCGAAAAAACCAGAUUUCGUGAUGACAUGAAUAUUUUUGUACGACAUUUGUCACCGCGUGCUUUAAUGGCUCUGACUUGGCUUGGACUCUCAAAUUUUCGCCUAUGCUUGGAAUCUUUAGCAGUUCUAUCCAAUUGUCCAAAUUUAGAAACAUUGGUAUUUUGGAAUUGUACAAAAAAGACCAAUGUACAAAAUCAAAU